AUGGACGACCUCCUCGGCCUCGGCUUCCCGGGGCCCGGCGGCUACGACGGCGAGGACGAGGAGGCCAUGAGGAGCCUCUACGCCGGCGCCCCCGCGGAGGAGGAGGAGGAGGUCGACGAGGGGUACGCCGUCGCGGCGAUGAAGGCCGGGGACGAGAGGGGGAUCGGGAAGGAGGGGCUCCGGAAGAGGCUCCUCAGAGAGGGCGAGGGCUCGCAGCUCCCCGGCGCCGGCGACGAGGUCGAAGUGCACUACACGGGGACGCUGGCGGACGGCACCAAGUUCGACUCCAGCCGGGACCGCGGCGCCCCGUUCCGGUUCACCCUCGGCCGAGGCCAAGUUAUAAAGGGAUGGGAUUUGGGCAUCAAAACAAUGAAGAGGGGCGAGAAUGCUAUUUUCACCAUCCCACCAGAGCUUGCAUAUGGUGAGGAUGGCUCCCCUCCAGUCAUCCCUCCAAAUGCGAAGCUGCAGUUUGAUGUUGAGCUUCUCUCAUGGGCAAGUGUCAAGGACAUUUGCAAAGAUAGCAGCAUCUUUAAGAAGAUACUAGCUGAAGGCGAGAAGUGGGAGAAUCCCAAAGACCGUGAUGAAGUUUUUGGUACCAUACCUUGCUCGUUGCAGUUGUGCCUUAAUGCUUUUCCAGUGAGCGUCAUUACAAAAUCUGAUGGUAUUGAGUUCACUGUGAAAGAAGGGCAUUUCUGCCCUGCUAUAUCGAAGGCUGUCAAGACAAUGAAGAAGAAUGAGAAGGCCCUCCUUACUGUCAAACCACAAUAUGGCUUUGGUGAGCAAGGCAGGCCAGCCUCUAGAGACGAAGCUGCAGUUCCCCCUAAUGCUAUGUUGCACAUUGAUCUUCAGUUGGUGUCCUGGAAGACUGUUGCGGAAAUAGGUAAUGACAAGACAAUCCUGAAGAAGAUCCUCCAGGAGGGUGAAGGCUAUGAUCGUCCCAAAGAUUGUUCAACUGUCAAAGUGAAACUUAUUGGGAAGUUGGAUGAUGGUACAAUAUUUGUCAAGAAAGGUCAUGAUGGUCAAGAGCCAUUCGAGUUCAAGACUGAUGAGGAUCAGGUGAUUCAAGGGCUUGACGCAGCAGUGCUUAGCAUGAAGAGAGGAGAAAUUGCCUUUGUGACUAUUCCCCCAGAGCAUGCAUUUGGAUCAGAUGAAACCAAGCAAGAUCUAGCUAUUGUUCCUCCUAACACAACUGUUUAUUAUGACGUUGAACUUGUGUCCUUUGAUAAGGAGAAGGAAUCAUGGGAGUUAAAGGAUAAUGCUGAGAAGAUCGAAGCGGCUGCUAAGAAAAAAGAUGAAGGGAAUGUGUGGUUUAAGAUGGGCAAGUAUGCUAGGGCUUCUAAGCGAUAUGGAAAGGCUUUGGAUUUCAUAGAGUAUGAAAGCUCCUUCAGUGAAGAAGAGAAACAGCUGUCCAAACCACUCAAGGUGAGCUGCAAGCUCAACAAGGCAGCAUGCAAACUGAAACUUAAAGACUACAAGGAAGCGAAGGAACUGUGUACCAAGGUCCUGGAAAUUGACAGCACAAACGUGAAGGCCUUGUACAGAAGGGCGCAGGCACACAUGCAUCUUGUUGAUUUUGAUUUGGCAGAGGUGGAUAUCAAGAGAGCACUUGAAAUAGAUCCAGAGAACAGGGACGUAAAGAUGGGUUAUCGGAGGUUAAAGGAGAAGGUCAAGGAGUACGAGAGGAGGGAUGCCAAAUUCUACGGCAACAUGAUCAACAAGCUGAGCAAGCUGGAAGAUGAUGAGGGCUGCGGGAGUAGCCAGGGGCCAAGCAAGAAGCCGCGCAGCCUGUGGCCUCUGGCGCCUUUCUUCACGACCGAUGGCAGCAAGCUCUGGCUCGUGCUAAGGCUGCUGAUCCCCGUCAUGAUCUUGGUCGCGCUUUGUGUUGCUUACUAUGUGCAGAGCGGAGUUCAUGAAAUCGACUGCGUCAACUGCUGA